UUCUACACUUCUCAUUUUCGCUAUGUCACACAAUGGGCAACAAAUUAAUAACAUUUACCGAACAACAGUUAGAAAAUUAUCAGGACUGUACUUUUUUCACGCGAAAGGAAAUAUUGAGAGUGUUCAAGAAAUUCCGAGAAGUAGAUCCGCAACUUGUACCAAGCCGCAUGACCGAAAAUCAGUCUAUGACUGUUCGAAUUCCUUUAGAAAGUAUGGAGAAAUUACCAGAGUUAAGAGAAAAUCCCUUCAGACGACGAAUUUGUGAGCUGUUUUCAAGGGACGGGAAAGGUGAUCUGUCGUUUGAAGAUUUUUUAGAUUUGUUAUCAGUUUUUAGUGAGCAAGCACCUAGAGAUAUAAAGGUCUACUAUGCUUUUCGCAUAUACGACUUCGACGGGGAUCAGCACAUUGGUCAAGAAGAUUUAGAUCAAACGCUACGACUACUAACAAGGGAAGAACUAACUAAUGAAGAAAUGCAACAAAUUAUAGAAAAAGUUAUUGAAGAAGCAGAUGUAGAUGGUGACAGCAAGUUAUCAUUCAUGGAAUUUGAACAUGUGAUUACCAGAGCUCCUGAUUUCUUAUCCACUUUCCAUAUAAGAAUUUAAAUAUGAUUUGUUGUUGCAAAAUCGUUGUGCCUUGUUUAUUUGUAUGGGUUUUUAAUCGGAAAAAGUUUGUUUGUUCGUAACAAAAUAAAUAAUUAUCGACAAUUUCUAGUAAAUUGUCUAUAUGAAACAACAAGGAUGUUAAUAGAUAAAAAAUAUAAUUUGCACAAUUAAUUGUUAUAUAGAUGAACUAUAUUUAAAUUAGAGUUCUUCCUUCUUAUAAAUUUUAAUAAACUGUAUAAAACGAA